GAGCUCUCUCACGUGAGCGCGCGCACUGACAAGACUCACAAUGUGCUAUAUGAGUGAAGAUCUGUAGAAUGGAAGAAAGCGUUUAUUUCCUCUUUAUGUCACUCUUUGUUUUGAUGGGUCUUUUGACACAAACUGGUAGAUCUCACUUUCAGCCGGUUCUAUCUGGACCCAGCCGGGCCUAUCUGAGAUCUCGAGUUCACUUUCACUGUGAGGUUCCGGGGUGGACUUCACCUCUGACCUAUGAACUCAGAAAAGAUGACGGAUAUCUGAUUACCACAGAGGUCAACACCAUGGUCACAUUCAGCCUGAAGGUCACGGAGGAGUCAAAGGGCAAAUACUACUGUAGACUGACCACAGGGGGCCAAAGCAACACUGUACACUUACAAGUAGUGAUCCCUGUGCAGGGUACGAGUGUGACUUCAGAGCCCGAUCCACCUGUCAUCUACGAGAGAGAACCACUCGUACUGCGCUGUUUCGUCUCCAGAGGAACACAUCUGUCCUUCAUGUGGUAUCAUAACAGACAGGAAGUGACAUCAUCAUCCUCCGAACUCUACCGCCUGUCCGAAAGCACACUGACGGUGGACAGGGCAGGUGAACAGCAUGCUGGGACAUAUUCAUGCACGGCCCAAAACCAAAUGGAUGACGACACAAGAUAUUCCAGCAGCCGGAAUCUGGAAGUCGUUGUGAAGAAAUUCAUCUCGUCACCCAGAUUGACAUUCACAGUGUUGUGUGACGGGUCUGAUCUGCUGGCUAACAUCAGCUGCGCUGUGGAGCGUGGAAGUCCUCCGCUGACGUUUCUCCUGCUGGUGGACGAGGUGGAGAUUCAGGAGAAGCAGGUCUCUACGCUGACUGCGUGGUUCCUUCAGCCCGUCUCUGUGCGUGGGAAUAUGACAGCAGCUCGAUGUAAAGCCAAGACAGAAACACAACUGCUCACGUCUGAUCCUGUCAAUCUGGCAGUGGUUCCAGUAGGGGGCGUUGUGGAAGUGAUGGUCACGUACCUCUAUGAUGCUGAUGGAGGUGUGACAGCGGCCCGUUUGAGAUGUGUCCCGGGCAGAGGAACAUUUCCAGCGUUCUCCUGGUCUCUGAAUCACACAUCUCUACCAGCAGAGAGCGACUCUCACGCUCUCGCUCAAAACGCUCAGAUUCUCAUCACCACACACAUUACCGCGGUGACCUCUGGAUAUUACCGGUGUGCCGUGAGGGACAGUUUUAAUCACAACUCAACGUGGCUGGAGAGUUCAGACAUCCACAUACAGAAGACAGCAGGUUUCAGAGUCGUGCCUAUGGAGAUCGUUGCAUUGGUUUUCUGUGGGUUCUUGUCGAUGGUGAUAGUUGGAGGAACGUUUUGUCUCCUGUGGAACCGCAGCAGUGGCAUUGAAACACACCGCAGUAAAGAAGAAGUUCAUCAAACUGACCCGAUAAUAGAUUCAGGACUUCCAGGAGCUGAUGUUUGUCUCGAAACACAAAGUAUAGAAAUGAAAACCCUGGUUGUGGGAUUAGAGGUCUAGAGGUGCAUGUGUUGAGUCAUUUACUCAAUAAAGUCCCUUUAGUUUGUGUCUGUGAUAAUAAGAACAUGUGUUUGUUUUCCUCUCAUCUUAACAUCUUUAGGGAUGAGAGCAGAUCUCUUUACAUCAUUCACUACAGCAGACACAUGUCACUCAAACCACACGGAAGACAAAUCACAGAUGACAAAUCUUUAAUAUCUCAGUUAUUUCUCCUAUAAAUAUCAACGAGAUUAAAUGUAGAACAAAUGGAAAAGGAGGAAAGAGUCAGAAAUCUCCAAAAUGUCUCUGUCAUUAGAAGUUCAGAAGUGAAUCACAUUGAUAUAGAAGCAUUGUUAUAUUGUAAUUGUGUGACUUUUACAUAUCAAGAAAUAUAUUUCUAACAGAUGUUUCUAAAAAAAUAUUUGAUUGCAUUAAAAAGGCAAAUCAGGAAAUACAUCAGAAACAUGUGUUGAGAUUCCCUCAUUGAACCCAGAAUGAAUGAAUGAAUAAGGCAUUGAUAUAGUGCUUCUGUCACGGGCCUUCCAGUCGUGAGUAUUCGGGCCUUGGGGACAGAUCCGUGACAAUAUCAUGUCUUGUGUGUUUGUGUUUCAUCUUGUGUGUUUGUGUUUCGUCUUGUGUGGAGACACGUGGUGGUUUGUUUUGACAUUUCGCCGCGUGUCUUCCGUGUAGCUCCGCCCCCUCGUCUCUCUGUCGAGCGUCAUCAGUGUUUUCAUCAGUGUUUCUCACCUGUCUGUCUCUCUUCCUGCUAGUCGCACUCAUUGUUAAGUCUUGUGACCUGCCCGUCCAGAUCCCUUUGUCAUCGCUCCUCAUUAGUUUCCCUUUAUUUAAUGUCCCUGAUUCCCUUGCUGUUUGUCGGUUCAUUGUAUUUACUACUUACUCCGUGUUCGUUAUUACCUUGUUCCUGCUUCCCUUGUGUUUAGAUUUAUUAUUUAGAUUAUCCUGAACUUUGUUUUGCCCCCUCGUGGGAAGUUUUCUGUUUGUUUAGUUUCUUGUUUGCCCCAUCGUGGGUUUAUUAUUUUGUGCCUUAAUAAAUAUUGUUUAACCCCUUCACUUCUGCCUGCAUCUGGGUUCUGUCCGACCGGACGUGACCGAUCCAUUAUGGAUCUCUCUCUCUCCUCAACCACCACAAGUUUUUAUUAAGGAAGGAAAAUCCCAUUGAGACUUUACAGUCUCUUCUUCCAGGGAGACCUGGUCAAGAUGGCCGCACAUAAAGUUACAUUGACAAUCAAUUACAAUACAAGACAGUUAAUAAAGGUUACAUCAAGCAAAACAUGUACAAGACUCUUUUAAAACGGAUUGCAGAAGACCUUUAAAAGUACCCAGAGAUGGUAAAGACUCUGAUUUGACUGUACUUUGCAGAUCGUUCCAAGCCGGGAGGCAUAUAAGGAGAAAGCACAUUUUCCCAGUGUUUGAUCUGAACCCGAUUAAAGUAAUAAUAGUAAUACAUUUUCAUAGUUAACACAUGUUUAGUGACAUACAAAGAGUUCAGGGAGCAAUAAAGCGAUGUGUCAUACAGUGAUAUUUCAAUGAUUUUAAUUUCAAUGAAUCUAAACGUGGCAGAUCCGGCAGUCUGAUGUCACAGGAAUUUGUAAGCGUUUCAUGAGCUGGAUCACACAAAUGUUUCAAAAUUCUACAAAUUGAAUGAUUAGAAAAUAGCCCAAAUGAAG